GUUACUGCUUGUAUUGAUUCUCUGAUUGUCACUCAUUCCAAUGGAAAAUGUACAGCUCUACGGGCAUGGAAACAUACUGCUGACCUCGGUGGCGCCCAUGCCGGCGGCACAGGUGUCGAGUGUCGGGUUCAACACCCUCAAGAAGUGGAACACCGGGUCGUCCAUGAUCCUGGGGAAUUCAUCAUUGAACACCUCCACCACCGUCACGACUCAAAGUACCGCAUCCAAGUUGGGUGGUGGGCUUCUGAGGAUAUUCACCAGGAACAAGUCCCAGCAAACAAUCGAACCUCCACCAUCAUUCCACCGAGAAUACAGAGACAACAGCAUUGAUGAAGACGAAGAAAUGCGAUUCCCCUCUUCAUCGUCCAAUAUCGUGGCUGGAGGUGACAAGAAAUCAAUGUUCAAGUUGCCACGUGGGAAGCUCAGACUCCCACGGAAAAGAUCGGGCAGUCUUGUGGGCUCCGGGGCUGGAGUGGUGGAAGAUGGCGGGGGCCCGUCAUCUUCAUCGCCCAUCAAGGGCAAGUCUAGGACCAAGGGUAAGCCAGAUUUGAAGGUACAAACUGGUGGUCAUCAUGGACUCAAAGUCCCGAAAAAGAUCCUAAGUGCCGCCAAGGAUGGUGACUCUGUGGGUAGGAAAAAUAGCGUCAACUCGCCCGUGUCGACGUUCCAUAGCUUGUUUAGAAGCAGCAUACUGGCGCAAUCGGUGCAGGCGGCAACAGCACCCCUGGGCACGGUUUCCACAGUGGUGGCUCCGUUGUCGGAGAAGGGGCUCAGUGUGUCGGCGCUAGAACGGCCCUUUGCCUCACCCAAGGACGACCCACUGCUGCUUCUGCUGCGGGGUGGAUACCACCACCAUCUCCAACUCCCGCCCACGACUGCCAACAGAACGGCAAUAGACCUCUCGUCCAACAAUUCAAACUCCUUCAUCUCAGACAUCUCCUUUGCCAUGGUCUACCACUUCACAGACCCAGACUUCUCGGCAGACACGGCCCCAGACGACCACACGACGUUUCUGGACAUCCACAAGAAACUACUUGUCCCGACCGACCAGUUCCUUCUGCAACGGUUGGGCCAUGUGGCGUUGAGUGGGAACAACGGAUCUGCGGCGAACUUGAGCAGUUUUGGCACGCCUACGGGAAGCUCUGUGGGUAUGGGUAUGAGCGGCCUGGGUGGUGGACCCGGUGGGCCUGGCAGCUAUCUUGGAAUGUCCAUGGGCAACCCAUCGACUCUGUCAAUGGCAACCAGCCUCCCGGCAGGCCUUGGUAUCAUCACCGACGAUGAAGAGACGUAUUUCCACCGUUAUCUUAUUGAUUUCGGCAAGACAAACGUACAAUUCUUUACACUUCUUCUCAGUCUACUCCAGCCACUUUUCCUCCCAUCCCAGCAACGGACGCUUGCAAAUGGAUCCACUCACGCGUACCUUGGAUCCACCAUAGAGGACAUGGCGGCGUAUGUGCAAGACAACUACGUUAAGAGCGGUGUAGAUGAACGUCAAUCCCCUGUUGCCUCGAAGAGACGCACCCGGCCCUCGCGGGCGGUGAGCGCUGCCACGGCGUCUUCCGCUCUUCUGGACACUCGACUUGAUGACUUACGAGUCAGAGAAAUAUACCAGGAUCUCCUCACGUUCUUUGUUAAGGCGUUGAUCAUUUAUAAUGAAGAUAUAAAGAGAACUUCGACUGGAGAUGACCUUCUCACCGGAUGGAGACACAUUGCAGAGGCAUGGACAUACUUCAACCAGCGCGUACGGUUUUCCCUAAUGUCCAUCUUCUACCCAUUAGAAAGGUUUUUCAACGACGUUGUGCUGUUUUCAGGGACCCCGAUUGCGAUAAACAUUGAGAGAAUCCUUCUCUUGGCCUUUAGGGAUGCCAUCAUUGUUCCAUUUUUGAUUCGCCGCUCAAACCAUUACCAACGGAAACAAAGGGAUGGAAGUGCCACUGGUGACUGGUUCACACAGGAGGAAGAGACGACUCUCAAGCUGAAUGAAGACUUGCUCAACCGUAUCAUCGACUGUUUAGGAGUGGUAACCACACAAACGGUCACGGAGACUGGGAACUCUGAUGGAGAAGAGCAUAUAAGAACAGAAGUUGCCAUGCAAACGUUGGACUGGAUUACUAGCAUUUAAGGAUCCUACUUCCCAAGAUUACUCCUCGAGAAGGGGUCAGCCUAGAGUCUGUGCUGCCCCGCCCCGCAGGGUAAAGGAGUGGUUAAUGCUCUACGGGGUCUGUGAGCCGCUCCGCUGGCACUCCGUGGGCCACUAGCCGUGGGGGCCUUGUUCCUCUAACGAGGAAGGGGUCCAGGACCAGAAGAACUCCUCGUAGAGGAGCUAGGAACCACGCAGUGGCUCUCCCCGAGCAGGGGCCAGCGGAGCAUCGUGCUGCCCCGCAGGGUAAGGGAGUAGCUUCCAAUCAACGGGGCGGGAAAGCGCGCGUGGUAGCAAUCAGUAGCUCUCCCAGAGUAGGAGAUUCAUUGUAAAUAGACUACAUAAAAACUGUAUAUUAACAGAUACUUACAUGGAAACACAGUU